CGGGAUUUCUUCCAGAGUGCAGGUCCGUGCCAAAAAUGGAAGAAUUGCCAGCUGCUUAGCGGGGGCCUUUAGGCAGUUAGUGUGUUGUCACUUAAAGCGCACGCAUAUAGACUACAUACACGUGGCUGUACCAACUCAGACAAACGCCUGCUCGCACGGAUGUUGAUGGCUUCUGCUAAUUCCUUCUCCUAUCUUAAUCACACACGACGCAAUCAUAACAAGUAAAGGUCUCCAUCUGAUUUUACAAGGCUAAUUGGUCGCCUCUGUUAUCUAAAGGAGUAAAGGAUACACGAAGAGAGAGGGUCAAAGCAUAAAUCAGGUCAGUGUAUGGAUCCAAACGUCAUCCCAAAAUGGCAUCAUUCUUCAGCUUCGCAUCACCUGUUGAUGUUGAAGUUCGACUUGAUGGCGAUGAAGGCAGGAGACAAGUUGAGGUAAAGGUAGAAAAGGAUCGAAGGGAAAGAUGUCCGGUAUACUUUGACGGAGAAAGUGUGAAGGGACAAGUGGUUGUACGAACACGAGAUGGCAAAAAGCUGGUUCACGAUGGAAUAAAGAUUGAAUUCAUUGGAUGCAUAGAACUAUUUUACGAUCGAGGAAAUCAUUACGAAUUCCUUUCACUUUCACAUCAAUUAGCAUCACCCGGUGAAAUACCUGCUGGAGGUUCCGGAGCUUUAUUUGGAUUCGAGUUCAAGAAUGUCGAAAAGGCUCAUGAGAGCUACAACGGCAUCAAUGUUAAAUUGCGCUAUUUUAUCCGAGUCAAUCUGGCAAGACGAAUGGCAGAUGUUGUAAAGGAGAAAGAUAUUUGGGUACACUCUUAUCGAAUGCCACCAGAUUCGAAUAAUGCGAUUAAAAUGGAAGUGGGAAUUGAGGAUUGUUUGCACAUCGAAUUCGAAUACAAUAAGAGCAAAUACCAUCUCAAAGAUGUCAUUGUCGGAAAGAUCUAUUUCCUUCUCGUUCGUAUCAAGAUCAAGCAUAUGGAACUUUCGAUCAUAAGACGAGAAACGACAGGAGCAGCGCCAAAUCAGUAUAAUGAAUCGGAAACGAUUACUAAAUUUGAAAUUAUGGACGGUGCACCAGUAAGAGGAGAAACAAUUCCUAUCCGAUUGUUCUUGGGAGGAUUUGAGCUUACACCGACGUUCCGAGACGUGAACAAGAAGUUCAGCACGAGAUAUUAUCUCAAUUUGGUGCUGAUAGACGAAGAAAACAGACGAUAUUUCAAGCAAAACGAGAUCACAUGUUUGUGAGUAAAUUACAAAAGUUGAAGAUAGACUCCCUGUUCCAUUCAAGCAUCUGACCAUUCUCCUUCUCCCUUCAGCCGCAUACCCGAGAAUUAAGCCAGGAAGUCUGGCUAAGAUCUGUACCAAUGAUUCGCAUCCUUUUUCGUCAAUGAAUAAAGGGCUUGUACUAUUAUUAAUAUUCAUCCU